CAAAAUCUUGCAACCAAUCUUUUACACGAAAUAAAUGUACAACUCUCAUUGUUUUCUCUUUGUAAGAUGAAGGGUAAUGUACAAAUUCUACAUUGGAGCUAGUCACCCCACACUGCAACAUGACUCAACAAAAUUUUACCUGUCAAAGCCCAUCAAAAGUUCACCUAUGCCUUCCACCUAAAAUCACACUAAUCUCUGUCCAUGUGUUUACCAUGAUAAUCCCAUAUCCUAUAAAGCUUAGGCAAAUCAAUAAUUCUGAAAUUUAUCUCGUCGAACCAUGGAAAAUGGUGCUGAAACUAUUGCGCAAGAUGAAAUUAUUUUCCGAAGCAAAUAUCCAUCCGUUCAAGUUCCUGAAGAUUUAACACUGCCAGAAUUUGUGCUUUCAAAUGCAGAACAAUAUCUAGAUAAGGUGGCAUUUGUGGAUGCACUAACCGGAAAAGGAUAUAAUUAUGGAGAAGUUACUAGAGACAUUAAGAGGUUCGCUAACGCCUUGAGGUCACUUGGGCUGAGGAAAGGCCGCGUUGUGGUGGUUGUACUCCCAAAUGUGGCCGAAUAUGCUGUCAUUGCCCUCGGAAUCAUGGCUGCUGGUGGUGUAUUUUCUGGUGCAAAUCCAAAUGCACAUUCAUCAGAAAUCAAGAAACAAGUUGAGGCUGCUGAUGCCAAGCUUAUUGUCACAGAUGGAUCAACCUAUGACAAGGUUAAGGAUUUGGGACUGCCAGUUAUAAUACAAGGCGAGGACCGCGUGGAGGGAACUAUAUACUGGGAUGAAUUGCUAGAAGCUGCAGAUAGAGCGACUACUGGUAUUGUUGAAGAAAAAGUGCAUCAAAAUGAUCUAUGCGCUCUACCAUUUUCAUCAGGCACGACUGGCUUAUCGAAGGGGGUUAUGCUAACUCACCGGAACAUAGUGGCUAAUCUCUGUUCUACGCUGUUCAGUGUAGGACCAGAAUUAAUAGGACAGGUUACCAUACUUGGUCUAAUACCAUUUUUUCAUAUCUAUGGUCUUACCGGAAUAUGUUGUGCCUCUAUUAGAAACAAGGGGAGAGUAGUGGUGAUGCGCAGAUAUGAACUUCGGGCAUUUAUGAGUGCAUUGAUCAUACACCAGAUCAUGUUCGCACCAAUUGUACCACCCAUCAUUUUGGAGUUGGUUAAGAACCCCAUAGUCGAUGAAUUUGAUCUCACUAAACUCAAGCUUGGGUCUGUCAUGACUGCAGCAGCUCCACUUGCCCCUGAAAUUCUUACAGAAUUUGAGAAAAAAUUUCCAGGUGUUGAAGUACAAGAGGCAUACGGAAUGACAGAGCACAGCUGCAUUACACUAACACAUGGGGAUCCAAAUAAAGGCCAUGGAAUUGCAAAGAGAAACUCAGUGGGAUUUAUACUUCCAAAUCUGGAAGUAAAGUUUAUCGAUCCUGAAAAGGGUCGGUCUCUCCCAAAGAACAGCCCAGGUGAAAUCUGUGUUAGAAGCCAGUGUGUGAUGAAAGGUUACUAUAAGAAUGAGUAUGAGACUACUCUGACUAUAGACAAAGAAGGGUGGCUCCACACAGGUGACAUUGGCUACAUUGAUGAUGAUGGAGAUGUUUUUCUUGUGGAUCGCAUCAAAGAAUUGAUCAAAUACAAAGGAUUCCAGGUUGCUCCUGCUGAAUUAGAGGCAAUCCUUCUAUCUCACCAUUCAGUUGAAGACGCGGCCGUUGUAGGGUUACCGGACAAAGAAGCAGGGGAAAUACCUGCAGCAUGCGUUGUUGUAAGCUUGAAAGCAAAAGAAAAUGAAGAGGAUAUUAUGAACUUCGUUGCAUCUAACGUUGCCACCUACAAACGAAUUCGGAUACUGCAAUUUGUUGACAUGAUCCCAAAAUCACCUUCGGGAAAGAUAAUGAGAAGGCUUGUGAAGGAAAAUAUGGUGAAAAUUCUGCAGACAAACACAAAAGGUUGAAGAAAUGUUAUCUGAUAAUCUUGAAUUACCUGUGACCGAAAGAUGUGUCAGUUCAAUAAUGCUGGAGAAUAUUACUUUUAUCAAUGAAUGUGUUUUCUAGUUACUUUAAUGCGAAACUGUCAGAAAUUUCACCACAUUUCUUUGUUUCCAGAGGCUCAAACUCAAAACAUUGAUUUGAAAAUUGGAAGAUUCCAAUAUUGAUAUAUAUUGCAGGACAAAGUAUGCACAAUAACAUCAUAGUAAAAUUAGUCACUGAACAAAAAUUAAGUUACAUGCUAACAAUUUUUAAACAAAAGAAACAGCCUGUCUACUACUCAAGAAGAUAAUACACAAGGCACAAUGAGGUGCGGAAUUAAAUAUUUUGAGCCUUUCUUAUUUUAGGCAAUAUAAUGAGUUGUUUAAUAAGGUGAUAUAUACAGCACAGUCAUGUCAAAUAAAACUUGUUUAAACUUGAUUUGUAGAAUAAUGAACUACUGAAUACCUUUGAAGCUUGCUUUUAAGUCAGUUUGUGAUAUCAAUGAAUUUGCAUACGUAUAUCAGUCCACUCGGGAAGCUCCAUCUAUUUCUCAGAAACAAAUUGCUUUCUCUUUUAGAGUUUUGGCUGUGAAUUCUAAAAAUUGCACAAAAGCACAACUAAAGCAUUUGUUUUCAUAAAAAGAAACACACACACACAGAGAGCGAAAGUAAUGGCAUGCUUUACUUCAGACGCUUGAACUACUCGAGGACUUCCCAAAAUAAACUUCUUGUUAACCAUGAAACAAAUAAGCAAAACGGGAAUACAAGUCAAAGUUAUUGUAUCAAAAGCAGGCAUUAGAGACACUAAUCCUUAAGCUCAAAUAAGAAAAAAAAUGCACUUCAACCUUUUUUGUGUCCUCAUAUCUCAUUCACUUGCUAUGUUGCUAAUAUUUCUUCACUUUCUGUAACUGGUUUUUCGAUUGUUAAAUUUAAGCAAGUUAUGUGACUAAUACAUCUGCUGCCAUUCUGCAUUAAUAAUAAAAAUGAGCUAAUUUACUCUUGCAUUUGAUUUGCUCAUAAUGUAUGAUUUCAUCAAACAAAAUCAAAGAAAACCAAAGUACGUACUCAGUGAAUUUUGUUCUACAGCAAGCAAACUAGAAAGGGCUUGACCAAGAGAUGAUUCUAAAGCAAUAGAAUACCAAUUCCAGUAGAAAAACCAAAAAAGGUUUGAUCAAGAAAAGCCUGAGAAGCAGGAGAAUACCAGCAAGAGCACUGACCUUGUUUAUCCUCAAUCACUACAAAUCUUUUUACCUUUCUAGAAUGUAAAGCAUAAUAAACCUGAGAAAGGAAAACGAAUACAUUCCAAAACUAGGAACAUGUACAGUCAAAUGAUCCAAAAGAGCAAAUAAACAGUGUUUAAAAUUAAUUUUAGCAAAAAUCUAUUAUUGUACUAAAUUACAGAAGUGAAAUGGCAGGUUAUUUAUAUGAUCUCCUACAACUAAGAAUGUGGAAAAAAAAAA